AGAAAACCAACAAAUUUAAAGGAAGAGAAAUGCCAUUGCAACGGCGAUGUGGACUGUAUACAAGAAGGCUCGAAUUUGAUGGGCUUCAUCUUUAGAUAAUUAGUUCACUAAUUAUAUAUUUUAUAUUCUAUAACACAUUUUUCUUAUGUUGUCUUUUCAUUCUUUCCUUUGUAGGAUCAAUCAUAUGCCAUGUUUGUUACAGAUUCUUCAUAUUUAAAGUUUAUAUGUUGUUAUGGUGGAAAUGUGGAAAUUGUUUGAUACCUAAUAUUAUAUCUGGAGUUUACUUUUUCAACAGGGUAGAUUUUCCAGAUUAUUAUGUUGUUGAGAGCGUUUUAUAGCAUGCGUGAUUACUAUGUUGUUUCUUUUUCCAGAUUCCAAUGCUAAAGUGAUUUUUCCAUGUUAUAAAAGAAGAGAAAAAGGCCAACUUUCGCUGGUCAAAGGACAUGUCAUAGGAAUUACUCAACUUUUUAGCCGAAGAAGUUAAAAAGGGAAACCGGCCUAAUAAUACUUUUCGAACAAGUUCUUUGGUGGCUGCUGCAAAGAUUAUCUCUGAGAAGUUUCAAACCAAUUGCACCUCAGAACAUGUGGAGAAUCAUAUGAAAACUGUGAGGAAUGCAUGGGUGGCUAUAUCAACAGUCUGAAACAACUCCGGGUUUGGAUGGAACGAUAACUUGAAGGUGGUGACAGCAUCUCCCACAGCAUAUGCUACUUAUGUUAAGGAAUAUCCAAAAUAUGAAAAGUUUUUGAAUCGAAAAAUUGAUAUGUAUGAGGAGAUGGCUAUAGUAGUGGGUAAAGAUUUAGCACGGGGGAACUUCUCCAAGACAUUUUCCGACAUCGAUGUUGAUGCUUCAAUGGAAAGUGGACAACCAAGUAUGACUAUUGAUAGUGUGCCUUCCAAGGCUGAGAGUAAGGCUGAGAGUGGUACCUCGUCGGGCUUAAGGCCACAUCGAAAGAGGUCUCGAACUGACGAAGGAUCGGAAAUGGAACACAUUUCAGCACAACUUCAAGAAGUGGUUAGUGCUCUUAAAUUUUUUUCAAACAAUCAAAUUGAUGUGGAGAAGCUUUAUGACGAAAUUAUGAAGAUGGAGGACAUUGAAGAAGGGAUGCGUGUUGCGGUUUUUGAUCACUUGGUGGAGCGCAAAAUGCUUGCUAAAGCAUUUUUGACAAAAAGCUUGCCACUACGCAAACUUUGGAUCGAAAAGUUUGUCAAAGACUAUAAACAUUAAAGUCUGCUUGCUGCUUCCACUCUAAUUUCUUUUUAAUUUUAAGCCUGUCAACUGCAGCUUCUGAGAUAAUGCUCAAUGUUGAACCUUACUAGUGUACUUAUCUAUCUGGGUACCCCAUCUAUACUCUACAUCAGCUCUGUGUCGAGUUACCUAUGCAGUUAUUUGAAAUGUUUGUUGUUUAAUGCCAAGCUGCAUAUAUGAUGGGUAGCUUUUUUUCCAGUGUA